CACCGCUCGUACAACGCACAGUGAACAUUCGCGCGACGCGCAGCGCGCAUAUUUUCCCGCCGCGAAUUUGAAACGACGCGUUGCGAAUUCAAAACUUAGUUCCUUUUCGCCAUUCUUGUUCAAAACGACACAUAUAAUGCCUAAAAAGAAAUAAUUUUAUGCUUUCGUUGUGAUUUUCGCGUGACUUUAUACUAGAACAUGUGCUGAAAUUGUGAAAUCGUGCUAAUAACAUUGCGGCCUGCAUAUUUCACAGUGCCGUUUAGAUAAAUAAUAAUUCUGUGAUAAAAAUUGCUGUGAAACUUUAGACCAGUGUUUGACUUUAUUUUAAAAUCGUUUGUUUCGUGAAAUUACUUUUCGCGAAGCAUAAAUAUAUUCUUUAUGAUAGGUCCAUAUAUGAAGUGUCAACAUUUUUACCCCAAACAUUAUGAUUUACAAAUGGAUAUUAUGAUAAGAGUGAAGUGUUGCCAAGAAACUAAAAACCCAAAGUGACGAAGUGCCCUGAGGUGUCUGUUGUGCUACGUUCCGCCACAUUUACCUUAGAUCCUUCAGAAUGUCCGAUAGAACCACGUCGUCGGUAGGCCCGAGGAGUUUCGAGACGAUAUCAGAGGAGGACUUUGCUUCGCCCUUCGAGAAAUUAUUAGGAGACGUUUUACCUGUUGUUCCUACCAUUGUAAAGACUAACGCUUCGAGUACUACGGUGUCCAAGCUCGGGGAAGAGGUGUCGACGCAUCCCGGAGCAGAUUUGGAAGCCAACAAGUUGACUCGCUCGAAGAGUCUCAACCAAAGAAGGAAUAGCAGUAACGGUCUACUGAGCUCUUUUCCUCGACAACUGAGGCUUUCCCUUCGAGGUGUCCGCAGCGAACCUUCCAGUGUUAAAGAUAUACCCACGACUAGAAAUGAUAGUGCCCUCAACCUUCUUCUCAAAUACCGUGGACCCCGUUACGCGCGGCGUGUCAGAAAACGUGUGAUAUUCAAGCACGGAGACUGCAACGUGGUCCAAUGGAACGUGGCCAAACGCAGGCGCCGAUACCUUCAGGACAUCUUCACGACCCUUGUGGACGCACAGUGGCGCUGGACGCUGCUCAUCUUCGCUCUCUCCUUUAUCCUCUCCUGGCUUCUAUUCGCCCUUAUCUGGUGGCUCAUCAUCUUCACCCACGGCGACCUCAGCCCUCAAACCAAUCCCAAUGUCACCUUCAUCCCCUGUCUCAAUAAUGUCCAGACCUUCACUGGCUGCUUCCUCUUCUCCGUUGAGACCCAGCACACUAUCGGUUAUGGGUCUAGAACCACGAACGAGGAAUGCCCUGAAGCAAUAUUCGUUAUGUGCAUACAGAGUAUUGUAGGCGUAUUUAUUCAAGCUUUCAUGGUGGGUCUUAUAUUCGCGAAGCUGGCUCGAGCCAAAAAGCGAAACACCACGCUCCUGUUCUCCAGGAAUGCGGUGAUAUGUUUGAGGGACGGGGAAUAUUGCCUUCUUUUCCGCGUUGGAGACAUUCGCAAGUCACAUAUUCUCGAAGCCCACAUCCGCGCCCAGAUUAUACGAAAAAAGAUUACCAGAGAAGGGGAGGUGCUGCCAUUCUACCAGCAAGAGUUGAAGGUGGGAGCUGAUGGUGAGGAAGACCGACUGAUGUUCAUAUGGCCGAUGACCAUAGUGCACAAAAUUAACGAGAAAUCGCCGCUAUACAACCUAUCUGCCCCGGAUAUGCUCAGGGAGAGAUUCGAAAUCGUUGUGAUGUUGGAGGGAGUGAUCGAGUCGACGGGUAUGACGACACAGGCCAGGAGCAGCUUCCUACCCUCGGAGAUCCUGUGGGGGCAUCGUUUCGAGACCAUGGUCACCUUUAGGAAAGAAACUGGAGAGUAUGAAGUUGACUACACGAGAUUCAACAACACUUACGAAGUGGACACGCCUUUAUGCUCCGCGAAACAACUGGAUGACCUCCGCGCCACUGUCUCCACCUCACAAAAACUGGACCGCUUGCUUGGCACCAUCCCAAAGACGUUCUCCAACGACACGCUAGACAUGAGCUCGGUAGAUUCCAUGUCGAUUGACGAACACAUCGAGAUUAAAAUUCCCGAAGCCAGGGCCCGAGAGAACAGAAUCAUGGCCCAGAACAACUUCGUGCAAAACAUCAACGAGAAAUCUAGGAACACGAGUCACACUCACCUAGCAGUUGAAAAUGGCGAAAGCAUACCUAAAAACCCAGAAACGAGGCAGUCUGAGCCCCGAGAAGGUCAUAUACAUAGAAGUCACAGCCACGCCAGUAUGAAAAGAGUCCAUGGCCUGACCCCCAACGGUGUUAACCACAUGGUCAACGGCCAUGACCAUAAGCUUGAAGAGCGCGAACGAAUAAAAAAAUCCCCCAGCAGCACCCUCAUCGAGGAGAAGCCCCCAGUGAUCCCAAUCCUGGUGACGUCAGCAGAGGCCGAGCCCGCCUGACGCGUGCGCGCCCUGCGUGACCGCAACUGCAGCUACAACCGCGACUCCAUCCGCGUGCGAUUCCCAGCCGGCGGCGUCGAGAACAUGAUCCAAAUACAUGAAGAGUAGUAGAUACAAUGGGAACCAUCAGGACUGACCAAUUAAAUAUAGAGAUUUUUUAGACUAUAGAUCGGAAGUUGCUGACGUAUGUGUCUGUGAAAAACCAUCCUUUUUGUCUGCUGGUAGGAAAUUCGAUAUUUGUCAUAAUGUUUUUGCUUGGUCUGAAAUUCAGCCAUUUUCAGCCCGAUUGUAGACAGUUGUUUGUGUAUAACGCGCUUGAAUGUCGUGUAAUAUAUACAAAAUUCAAUGUGGCACGUAGGUUAUAAAUUGCUCAAAUCACUGGUUUAAACAUGCACUCGGAGAUCGCAGCCGUAAGAAGUCCGUAGAACAUGCUUUAAAGAAUGUUUUAUCUGUGAAAAAUAUAUUAAAUACGUAAUACAGAGACAAUAUAAUAUGUUAUUUACGAUGCUUUGAACAUCAGACUGGCGUAGUUUAGUUUCUGUUCUGAAUUUGAAUGUGGUGUGAUAAAUUGAUUUAAUUCCAAGGCUUACGCCUCUUCCAUGUCGCCAGUAUCUUAAAAUAACUAUUACGUUAUUUUAAUUUCGGAACGUACUUUUUCCAACUAAUCAGUAUCGUAAUUUGAAUGUCGGAAAACCUUUCUUUAUCGCAGUCAUGGUAGACUUGUAUACGAAUUUAGUGAAAGGAGAUGUAAUUAUAGGUAGGUAAGUGUCGUAUUUUAUAACGUGGCUGUUAUUAUAAUCAAGUACUGUUUGUUACCAAAUUGUAUUACGUAAUUUUAAUUGAACUUCAAUAUUUAAAGUGGUACUACAACUAUAUAACAACAUGUAGGUUCAGUUGUUUUUCAUUUUGCUGGUUUCUUAGUGCCUUCAGAGUUAUUGGAGAUUUCUUUGUUUCAUGUAUACUUGUUACCGAUAUUACGUGCUUCAAAAAAUUCGCAAAUUACACUAAGUACCAGAUAGGGUUGUAUUUAGGACAAAUAUUUAUUUAGAUGAUGAGGUUAGUCGAAGAAGAGACAAGUGGAUAAAUUUGUACCAAAUCUUUACAAUUGUGUAUUAUUUACGUCUACAAUGAACUUAGAGAUUUUAAAAUUUGGUACCUACCCAUUUUGCGAAGGACUUUUUAUUGGGAAAUUCAUUCGCCUAAUUUUUCAUGAAUACCCGAAAAAUAAAAAAAAAAGGAAUCUGGUGAAUUAUAACACAAGAUGAAAAAAAAUGAAUCCAGUUAGCGUGUUCUAGAAUAAUAUGAAGGAUAAAAAAUCCUAGGUAUAAUUUAACAUCAAUAUAUCAUGUACUUACUCUAGCCAAAUUAUCUGAUGGAUGAAAUCCUGAGUGCAAAUAAAUUAUACAAUAAAUAUGUAUAAGUGAGAAUUCCUUCGUUUUAAAAAUGAUCAAAAAUCUGAUGUUCUUCUUUCAUUUUGUCUCAAGUAUGUGUAAAAUUUUCAAACAAUAUUUAAUUAAAACUAGGAAAGUUGUCUUCAAAUGUUAAUUUAAUUUAUUUUUGCAGCAUUUUUCUAAUAAAAACCUUGUAUAAAAUCGGAUAUGUGUACUUUACUAUUUUUAUAAAAAUAUAGCGUAUCAUAAUUUUUGGCUUUUUCUAAAACGAAGUUGAGUUGACGUGUUGUGAAUUUGUGACCGAACAUUAUAGUGUAAGUAGCAAAUUAAGUGCCUGAUGUUAUCUUGUGUUACGUAGUAAUAAAAUUAUCGAAAUCAAUUUUUAUUGAAAUUUAUUGAAUUGUGAUACUGCUAUUUAAUAUUUUUAAAAUUAUUCGGCUUCCAAUUAAGCGAUUGCUGUUUAUAUAAAAAAAUUGUAUUGUAGGGUUUAUAAAUGCUUCCAAAUUUUUAAAAUUGUUAUAAACAUGUUUACAUAGCAGAUAUAUCUUAUGUCCGCUUUUCAAUAGGUUAAAAUUUUAUUAGUUCUAUACAAUGCGAAAUUAUGUGUUAACAAACUAUCUUGUAUAACUGCUCUGGCAAUGAUUGAUUUCAUUAUAAAUAUAUAUUUGUAUAUAAUAUUACUAUAUUAGGAUACAUUCUUGAUUAGCCUAAUUGCAAAGAUAGCGUGUGCCUAAUUAAUAUCAAUUCAAGGUAGUAAUGAAUUUAGUAGUCAUAUAAAAUAUUUAUGUAAUUUUUAUUUUAUAACAAUGUAGAUUAUCGUAAAAAUAAAGAGGCAAUGAUUUUUAUGAAAAUAAGUGGUUCCUAUAGCUUUUCAAUGAGGUUUUGAAUUUUGUUGAGGGCUGAAUUCGGGGUCAGGCGGCGCGGGCGCUGCUUUAUGUCCAUACACAAGCUUUGUAUUUUCCUAAACAAAAACCUGUCUAUUAAAGAUUUAUUUUCAAUAAAGUUGUUUCAUUUUCAAACUUUUGUAUAAAUGUCAAAUGGAACAUGUAACGUAGUCUAGUGUCGCGAACUUUUUUUUUGUAAAACUU